AUCCCUAUUUGUGAGAUUACACUGGGUUUGUUUGUUGUUUAUAUGACAUUCAUUCUAUAUUCUCAUAAUAAUACUUUCUUUGUUCCUAUCUUUUUUUCUUUACUCAUGUAUGCAGCUUCUGCUUUUGGGGAACAGAAGAGAUUAGAGCCAAUGCCAGCUGAGAGAAAAGCUAAAUGGAGAAGAGAAAUUGAUUGGCCGUUAUCUGUAACAGAUCACAUUGUUGAAUUUGUUCCUUCUAAACAAAAAUCAAAAGACGGAACAAGUAUGGAGGUUAUGGUGACAAAGCAAAGAACCGAUCUUCAAAUGAAUAUUCCAGCACUACGCAAGCUAGACGCUAUGCUUCUUGAUUGCUUAGAUAACUUUAAAGAUCAAAAUGAGUUUUCCUAUUCAUCGAAGGAUGACGAAUCACAAGAAGGGAGGAAAGAUGAUAAAUGGUGGAUACCAACUCCUAAGGUUCCUCCUAAUGGCUUGUCCGAUGUUACAAGGAAAUGGCUGCAAUUUCAGAAGGAUUCAGUAAACCAAGUUCUUAAAGCAGCCAUGGCUAUAAAUGCUCAAGUCCUGUCGGAAAUGGAGAUCCCCGAAAGUUAUAUAGACUCCCUACCCAAGAAUGGGAGAGCAAGUCUUGGAGAUGCAAUCUAUAAGAGCAUCACUGAUGAAUACUUUGAUCCUGACUACUUCCUCACAACUAUGGACUUGUCUUCAGAACAUAAGAUUUUAGACCUCAAGAACAAACUUGAGGCUUCUGUAAUUAUUUGGCGACGAAAGAUGACUGCUAAAGAUGGGAAGUCAGCAUGGGGUUCAGCUGUUAGUUUAGAGAAGAGAGAAAUCUUUGAAGAAAGAGCAGAGACUAUCUUGCUUAUUCUUAAGCAGCGCUUCCCUGGAAUUCCUCAGUCAUCUCUAGACAUUAGCAAAAUCCAAUACAAUGGGGAUGUGGGGCAAGCUAUUUUAGAAAGCUAUUCAAGAAUAUUAGAGAGCAGGGCACACACAGUCAUGUCAAGGAUUGAAGAUGUUCUCCAAGCAGAUGCAACGGCCCAAAAUCCUUCGAGUGCUGAAGUAAAAAGGUUUCCUCUAAGAGAUUCAUUACGUGUAUGUCCAUCAGGCAGAUUCCCAAAUGCUAAGGAAGAAGUAGAAAAGCUUAACUCUGUGGAGAAUCCAACUUCAAUGACACUGUUGGAUUUCAUGGGUUGGACAGUGGAACAAGGAGAAAAUGACGCAAAGAAAGAUUUGAAGGAGGACAUAGACAUUGAUGCGAAGAAACCACCUAACAUAGUCACAAACAAGAAAAGUUCUUACUUAGAGAACUUAGUUGGUUCUAGAAGUCCCACAGCACGCCACUAAGUGAUGUCGCUGCGAAAUACGGAUCAACUCAUCGGAGGCUAGACAGAGGAAGUCAUCAAAGUGACAAUCAGCCUCAAAUGUACAUAACGAGAUGAAUCACACAACCCAUCUAGGAUUUCACUAAGUCCAUUCCUGUUGUAAAUAGGGAAUAGUUAGUAGGCCUGUUGGUGUGACACUUAUUAAAAUGAUUCACUCUGCAGAAGAUGUCACCUUGUUGACAAAUAACCACGGAAGUAACGGACUUUUUUCCAAAAUAGUCCGUUCUUACCUUGGAUAGCCUCUGCUAAAAAGAGUUUUGUAAUCUGGAAUUUGGAGAUUAUACGGCAUAUAGUAUCAUUAUUUGGUUUAA